AUGGGUGCCACUCCUUUGCAGCAAUCCGAAGCUCUCCAACCGCACGUAUUGACCAGUCCACUUCCCCACCACCCAAUUGAGCUUGGCCAGGCCAAAAAUCCCAACAAGAACCCCGUAGCUGAGAGAGCAGGCCAGGAGUUGGAAACGGAACUUCUCCGUCAGGAGCCUUUAGGCGGAGCCGUUUCUCCCCUCACUCUCGCUGUAGCCACUUCUGCCUUGAACUCUCGUAUCCGUUCACGUGGCCUAUCCUCGCGAGAAAUGUGGACACAGCGAGACCAGUUUUCAAACCAGCAGUUACCCCUUGCCUACGACCAGUUAAUUGCCCUCCAGCACGAGCAGCGUCUAUCCAACCACCACCACAGUGAGCGCUCCAAAGCCCCCUUGCACAAAAGGCGUCCUACUCCUUUAAUUGAUGUUGGUGACCUAGUGUACCUUCAUUCCGAUUGGAACAAGUCUCGAGCCCGCGACCGCUACCUUGUUGUAGCCGUAGAUCCACCAUUCUGUGAUAUCAAAAAGUUCAUUGGAUCCCAAUUGCGUAGCUCAUCUUACCGCGUCAAACUUACUGAGUGCUUCAAGGUACCUUCCGACUUGGCUGAUCCCUUACAUGCUCCUCGCCCGUGUCGCAGUCACGACUCGGAUGACGAAGACGAUCCUGAUACCACACCUCACUCUCCACCUUCGCUGCCUGACAUCCCUGAUGCUAUCUCUGCCUCAGCCCAGCAUCUAUCUAACUCUCCUCGCUGUGUUACACCACCUGCUCCUGUCUUUCCUGCCGACCGCAUCAUGGACGACACAGCUGCCCAACCAUCUUGCCCUGAGGACCCCUCUUUGGAGAAGGCAGUCGUUUCAGCAGACCCUGACCCUCCUAGCCUGCGGAGAUCAUCUCGCACCAGACGUCGUCCCGCGCGUUUUGAAGAUUAUGUUACUGAACUAUAG